AUGGCUCCUAUCACAUUGGAGAGCUUAGAAUGUGUCUUUCAAAAUUGCUCAACCAUGGACCAUGACUUCUUAAUGCCUAAUGGUAUUGUUCUCACAAUUAAGCCCGAUCCGGAGAUGAGUUUAUGCGAAUUAAAAAUGUAUCUUUGGAUGUUAGCCUCAAAGGAGCCCUUCUUCGAUCAACUUGGUCCCCCUGGUGAUUAUCUCUUCCAGGGAAUUUCUGCACCUAAAGCUGAGGAAGAAGAGUUUUACGAUGAACAAUUCAAAUUCUCAAGCCUUCAACUCAUUCUUCCCAUGCUUCGGCUUGAAAAAGUCGCUGAUGACACUCGGGUUGUUGAACAGAACAAGAGAAAUGCCAUGAUAGCCAAGGUGAUUCGUGAACUAUCCUCCUCGGUCCUAGACGCUUAUUGGUUUGUUAUAAAUUUUGAUGCUUUCUUCCUUUGCUAUUCCAGAAUAUCUACAAUCUCUCAGGCCGAACUUAUAUCAGCUGCGGAAUCUAACUCCGAGUUAGCUCUGGCUCGUGAAUGCAUGUUGGAGUUGUCUCGAGCGAAUAUCGAUCGUUUAGAGUCCGGUGGAUCGAUUGCCAUGGCCCAAUACCUCACCGCUGCCCCCAGACAACCCAUUCUCAACACCGCUCUCGAGCACUGUCUUCAAGAAUUGUCUCAUAUUACAAUUUCCGCUAUCUGUGUGGACUGCUCGGUUCCUCCUAAACAGCAUGUUCUUUCCCUCGAUCUUUCCAAAUCCAUAACAGUAGCUGAUACUAUUAAGGCUAUAAUAGUCAAGCAGACAAGGCUAGUUCAAGGUCCUGUAGAAAUUCAUGAAAUCGAUCCUGCUCCGCAGUAUAUUCUCAAAGUUUGCUGCUCACAGGAAUAUUUGUUCGAAAGGGAGAGUGCUCUGGUGUCCUACUCUUACGUUCAAAAUUGUCUUCAACGUGGUGAUAUACCCAGACUUACACCGGUUCUGCUGAAAGAUGUUCUGGAAUGUCUCUGUUUGCCUAUUCCAGACUCGCUGCCUGUUGAAGUUCCAUCUACGGAGACGGAUCCAAGUCCGUUGCCACUUCCUUCGGUUAUCGAUCUUUACGGAUCCGUAGAUGAGCUUGAGACGGAAGAUGCUUGUAUUAAUUUGUGGACUUUAAAGGAUUUUUUCUCACUCACUGUUCGGUCAGCUCAAAAACUCACUCAAACUCCAUCUUCUGAUCAGUUAGAUGCCAGUUCCCUUCUGGCUGGUUCAUCGAGCUUCGGGGAUCUAUCAACUACCUCAUUGGAUACAUCGGUUGGAUCAUUCAGUUCUACACUUCCGCUGUCGACCACCGCUGCAUCAGGCUUGCCUCCCGAUGCCAAUAGCAUAUCAGUGAGCAAAUAUAUGGUUCGGGUUGGUCUGGCACAUGGAGGACAACUUUUGGCCAAUUACCAGAAUACUCUCGGAGCUAUGGCAGGAUCUGGCUCUGGAGCUACUCUACAAUGGAAUCAGUCCCUGAAUUUCCGUCUCAUCUACUCAAAUUUGCCAUUAGCAACCAGAGUCUGUGUAGUCUUGCUCCAAGUCAAACGACGUCCUGGUCGCAUUAUGGAAUUCCCAGUGGGUUGGACCAACAUUAACCUCUUUGAUGAAAAGGGCUACCUGGUGACGGGUAAACGCACUCUGCGACUUUGGCGAAGUGGCUUCACGUCUCCAGAGACGGAAGUCACGCAUCAACUCAACCUCACUGGAACUGUUGCCGAAAAUCCUGAUCCAGAAUACGCUCUUGUGGUAAGUUCCAAGAUUAUCAGAAAUACUUGGCAAAGUAAACUAAGUUCUUAUCACUUCGUUCGCAUUCAACGAAAUGGUGACUAA